CGCGCGUGUCGUUCACAUCAGCUUCGUCGCGUUCUUGAUCAGUCGCGUCAAUCGGUGUGAUUGAAUAAAACGCCUUUAUUUGAGAUUCAGUUAGCGUUCAGGUGUAAUUUUUUUUCUGCUGUUAUAUGUUGGCAUCUCAUCGAGAUUAAGAAUAAAUUUUGUUCGUCGGAGACGGAUUAAGAUUCUCUGUAUUGACGCAAACCACCGCCGAAGAAAAGUUUGUUGACAUCGACCCACGCUGAAUAUUGUUUUUGUAAUCCCUAACAGCUUCAUGCACUUGCUUGGUUAAGAGAGCUGCACGAGAAUAAUUGCCCAAACUCCUAUCGUCAGCACAAUGUACUUCUGCCGGCAUGUACUUAUCCGAACACUUGGUUUUAGUCAAAUACUGCUGCUCAUGAUACAUCACUGCCACUGCCAGGCCCAAGUUACCUCGCUGGACUCACCACUGUUUUUGGAAAAGUUCCGAGCCCUUCGCGACGUUGCACUGAAUUUCAUCGGCACAACCGGAGAAGAUGCAAACAAAUUCAAAAUCAACCUCAUACGAGGGAAAAUCCAACCACAAUACCCACCUGAUCAACCAUUCUUCUGUAACACCACCGGAAUGCGCAGCUUCCCGGCUCCAACGUCGGCACACAAAGUGCGACCGGGAGACAUCGACAUUGUGGGUGCGAUUGGGGAUUCACUUACCGCAGGUAAUGGCGUGAUGGCAACAAAUAUCCUAGAGGUUUUUGUAGAGAACAAAGGUCUGUCCUGGAGCAUUGGAGGCCAGGGUAAUUGGAGGCAGUUUCUUACGAUACCGAACAUCUUGAAGGAAUUCAACCCAAACCUGUACGGUUAUCCGGUCAAGGAUGGCAUCUCAAUUCGGAAAGCGUCACGUUUCAACACUGCCGAAGCAGGUGCUAUGAGCCAAGAUAUACCCCAACAGGCGAAAAAUUUAGUCAAGCGAAUGCUAUGUGAUCCUAAGGUGAACGUAGAGAAACACUGGAAGUUGAUAACACUUCUUAUAGGAGGAAACGAUUUUUGCUCGAAUAUCUGCUAUCUGAAUCCACCGGAGAAGAGCCUGGCAUAUCACGAAAACAACAUUCUGGCGGCACUGCGAACGUUCCGUGAUUACUUACCCCGCACGAUAGUGAAUCUUGUGGCCAGCCCAAAUGUUGACAUACUGACCAAACUGAAGGCAAAACCGCUCGAAUGCGUCAGCACACAUAUCUUCGAAUGUCCCUGUUUUAUGGCUACCCAAUUUGCUCGGAAUGAGAAACGCUACGUGAAAAUCAUAGAGUAUUGGAAUGAGCUCCAGAAGGAUAUCGCUGGUAGGGAGGAAUUUCAAAACAAACCAGAUUUCAGCGUAGUUUUUCAGCCGUUCAUCAUAAAUAUAACCGUACCGAAUCUACCCAACGGGGAUUCAGACGUCAGCUACCUAUCCAUGGAUUGUUUCCAUUUGAGUCAAAAGGGUUACGCCCGGGCAGCGAAUGCACUGUGGAACAACAUGCUGGAACCGGUUGGGGCUAAAUCCAACAAUUGGGAGCCAGAGUUUUCGAAUUUCAAGUGUCCCACACCAGAGAUGCCAUACUUGAGGACACAGGGUAAUAGCUAGGAAGGGGGUUCGCCCUCGUAUGGAAAGUGAUAUUUGUGAACUGUGAUAAAACCGUCGAUAUUCGUUUGGUUGAAUAAGACACUACGAGGCAAGGUAACUUACAAAUGUGAAACUCGUAUACGUAAAAAAAUACAAUAGAUAGGUUAUGGAAUAUCUGGCGAAAUAAAUUCAUCAUCGAAUAAAUCAAUUAU